AUGAGGACAUCGGUCGAACCAGUACAGCAAAAACUUCGCCGCCUUCCGUUGGAGGUUCGUCAAAAAGUCUCGGAGGAACUGCAGAAGCUGGAGCAGUCGGACAUUAUAGAGCGCAUAGAUGCCUCUGAAUGGGUGUCCCCAAUUGUAGCUGUCUGGAAGAAGACUGGAGAGCUAAGACUAUGCGUGGACCUCAGAAAGCCCAAUACAGCCAUCGUCAUUGAUAGCCACCCCUUGCCUCACAUGGAGGACAUCUUUCAUCACCUUGCUGGCGCUUCGUACUUUUCAAAACUGGACCUCUCUUCCGCCUAUCAUCAGAUGGAGCUUGCAGAAGAAAGUCGAAAUUUAACGGCGUUCAUUACUCACGAGGGCCUCUUUCGCUACAAGCGUGUAUGCUUUGGGUUGGCAUCAGCGGCUGCUGCAUUUCAGAAGAUGUUGGCGAUGGUCCUAAAGGGUCUAAAAGGUGUUAUGCACUACCUUGAUGAUAUCUUGGUAUACGGUGCUACAAUGGAGGAGCACAACCUUAGAUUAGAUAGAGUCCUCUUCGCACUGGAGGCCGCUGGACUGAGGUUGAACAAGAAGAAAUGUGUCUUUGCCACCCGCGAGUUACAGUUUCUGGGACAUUCUUUAUCGCCGGAUGGGUUGAGUCCGCUGCAGGAUACGUUGGAAGCCAUUCGUGAUGCGCCAUCUCCGCAGGAUGUCGUAUCCUUGCGCUCAUUUCUUGGCCUUGCUUCGUACUACCUCAAAUUCGUACCCCACUUCGCCACGGUGGUGAAGCCGCUUCGGCGACUGCUUCGCAAGGAGACACGAUUUCUAUGGACUGAAGAGCAAGAAACCGCAUUCAACAAAGUCAAAUCUCUCAUCCAAGAGUGCGUACCGCUGGCUCUCUUCGAUGCUUCGCUUCCUACAAUUGUCACGGCAGAUGCAUCAAAUUUCAGUCUGGGAGCUGUACUGCAGCAGGCGCAUCCUGACGGUCUACGUACCGUCUGCUUCGCCUCAAGGGCUAUGACAGCGACAGAAUACCGGUACUCAACUGGGGAGAAGGAAGCUUUGGCAUGCUUGUGGGCGUGCGAGAAGUGGCACGUAUUACUUUUUGGACGCAAAUUUACACUUUGCACCGACCAUCAAGCCUUGGUCACGCUUUUGUCAACCCAAGGUACUGGACGGCAACCAAUGCGUAUUGCAAGAUGGGCUGCACGUCUCCUUCAGUACAAUUACACCAUCGUAUACAAGAAAGGAGAGCAUAACUUCGUCGCCGACGCCCUGUCACGUCUUCCCCUACCUCACAAGCUGGCUACAACCGGAGAUGAAGAUGAGUUAGUGUGCUAUGUUCAGCAGGCGCUAUCCUGCAUCACCAUGCAGGAGCUGCUGCAGGCUAUGGACGAUGACGUCGUGCUCCGUCAGGUUUUAAGUUGCUUGGAACAUGACCCUCAACUGGACAAGCAGCAGCAAGAGCAACUUUCUCCAUAUCUCAAACUUCGCGACGAGAUCACUUCGGUGGGAGGUAUCGUACUCAGAGGGUCAAGUAUAAUCCCUCCUUCCUCGCUGAGGAAACGAAUUGUCGACAUCGCUCAUGAGUCACAUUCGGGAAUCGUCCGGACGAAGCAACGUAUACGUGAGCGUUAUUGGUGGCCUCGUAUGGACGCUGAAAUUGAGACUUAUGUACGAGACUGUUACAUAUGUCGUGAAGCGGACAAGACUGCGGUGACGCACAAAGCACCUCUACAGCCGGUACCUUUCCCUUGCGGUCCGUGGAAGCAGUUGGGGAUAGAUAUCGUAGGUCCAUUCGCCAACCUUCCAGCACGCUGCCGUUUCGCUAUCACAGCUGUGGAUUAUUUUAGCAAGUGGCCGGAGGUAGCGUUUUUUUCGCAUGUCACCACAGAAGUUAUCCUUGAGUUUUUAAUGGACAUCUUCGUUCGUGAGGGAUACCCUGAAAUUUUGGUUUCGGACCACGGGCCUCAAUUCGAAGCUCUACAGUUCAAGAACUUUCUUGCCGAGAGGGGUAUACUGCACCGACAGUCGGCAAUAUACCAUCCUGAAGCAAACGGACAGGUCGAACGCUUCAAUAGAGUUCUGAAGGGCUUCCUCCAAACGAUUUCACUCACUGGGAGGAUUGUGUCGCAAGAUGUGAAGGCGUUCCUGGGGAUCUACAGGGCUACGCCUCACGCAGCAACGGGGUUAUCGCCAUCAGAACUGCUGCAUCAGAGGCGCAUGAAAUCAAAACUCGACGUAGCCGGAUUCCCGAACCUGGACAAAGAUAUUCAGAGGGAAAUGGCUUCGCUACGUGAGCGUAUCAAGAAGUAUCAGGAAAAGACUAAAGCUUAUUUCGACGAACGCCACCGGGUGAGGACCCCUAAGUUCCAGCCGGGAGACUAUGUACGCGUCCAUCUACCCGGUCACCGUCCGAAAGGAUCCCGGGCGUAUGGUCCGCCCAUCGCCAUACAAGAGAAAGUGGGACUCAGCACGUUUGUCUUGGCAGAUGGGACAGUGCGCAACGCGUCUAGACUAGCUGCAUCCGAAGUUGGACAACAGCCUGUCAACUCAGGGUUACCUACCCAAACAAACGCCACCCUUAGGCGUUCGGAAAGGACACGGAAACCACCGGAUCGCUUCCGACCAUAA